GGGAAACAAGAGACAGUGGGAGAAGGACCACGAGGAAGCGGAGGGGGCCCACCUCGACAAGGCGACCCAAGCGGUCCUACAGUCUCUUGUGCAGCUGUCGUUGAGGCACGAAGCGGAGCUGGGACGAUUGCGGUCGGACUGCGGCUUCAUGCUGUUCCUGGACACCCCCACGACCAACCCGGAGGCCGGCAUCCUGCCCGGAGUCAAGAAGGUAGCCCAAGAGUGGGCCACCCAGUAUGCAGCAGGAAACGUAAAGAGCCCCCUGCGCACCCUGCUGAUGAUGGCGGUGAUCCGGGAGCUACAGAGCCGCCUAACGGCCUUCCUAGCGGACGAGAACCGCUGCACCAAAGCCAUGACGAUCGGCUGGAUGGCCGAGGGGCACCAAGCGAUGGACCCAGUAUGGACAUACUGGGGUUGGAACCCCAAGGAGAAGAAGCAGGAGAAGACGGACCAGCACCCGCUGCAGACCACAGCCAUCCAGGAAUUCCAGCCGGAUCUAGAAGUGGUACCCUUCAUGCUGACGAUCGGCCUACGCGUGCAGGAGGCCCAUGCAGUUCACCGGGCCUUCCAGCCCCUCUCAGGGAACGCAGUCUGCAAGCUCAUCGGAGCACGGGUGAGACCGGAGAGGCUGGCACGCCAGCCGGUAGCCAAGCAGCUCGAGGAGAACUACUUGGCCACGCCGUACUGCCCAUGGAGUCGCCGCGCAGCCCUUUACUGGAUGGGUGCUAUGUCCAGCAAUCCUGAGGACGCCUACGGAGGCGCAAGGGUCAGCCUUCAGAUGCUCGCCAAGCCGGGUAAGCUGAAUCUUGUUCACAGCAUCGCAUGGUCCCAUGCACUCAUGACCUGGCCGAAUCCAUUACAGCAGCACGACGCAGGCGAGUAUGUCAAUCAUGUUUUGACACUCUUCCAGCCCAGCGCUUACCGAGGGGAAUGGCAGGCAAGGCACCCCGAGGCUCCCCACCGUUUAAGUGACUCAGGUCAACUGACAGCUCCGCUGCUGAUACACCUCACAGGAGCAACGUUGCCGGAUUUGAUCGCGAGCUGGCACAACCAGUAUGCAACACACGCAUUGCACUGGCACUCCGGACUGCUGCUGCUUAGACUAGCGCGCUAUGGUUUUGACCAGGGUGAGGCCUAUAAGAAUCAAGCACCGGUGUAUGUGCAACCAGGAGAAACGGUGGCGAUGCCUGUGUAUGAGGGGGCUGAGGGACUGAGUGUCCGCCAUGAGGCCUUUCGAGUUGUAUUCCAAAUCUUCCACAUAGGGGAGAGGGUCGAUUCGGGUCACUAUCAGUGUGCGAUUAGUGUUCCGGACGGUAACAUGCAAUCCCGGCAACGCUACUACAUCUGUAAUGAUAACACGACCCCUAGGUCGAGUCACAGCAGGGCUCCCAAGGCCGGCAUCCGAUGUGAUGUUACGCCCGGCGACGAGACGGGAGCCAGCAAAAGGAAGCGCCUCAUAUCGACCGGGCACACUGCAGCUGUCCUCUGGUCCAAGCCGCGACCCAUUCAAGUGAGUCGCUGCAAUCAUUGCAACCGCCGACAGAUCCUGCCAUAUCCGUAUGACAUAUACACGGAUGCAUUGGAAGAGUUUUUGUUGCUGCACGCUGCAGCUAGCCUGCUGAGGGGGCAAGGGAAUACGCAAAUCCCUCUGGACAUGGGACUGGCAGUCAGGAAUGACAUCAUUGCAUGGGCAAUGCAAGCUUUGGAGCCAGCUAAUCAGGCUGCCUAUAUGGCCUAUGUCCAGGACCUGAAUCGCCAUCUGCGCCGUUAUCUGCCUACGUAUCUGCCUGAGCCAAUCGGAACACCAGGUCCAUGCAGCCCAGCGGCGGAACACCUAGCAUGGCAUCUCCUGGCCGAGGGCAGUUCUACGCUAUGGGGCGCAGUGAGGCAAGCAGUUGCGCUGCUGGAAUGGCAAGCAGACAAGCACUCUUUCAGUGGCAAACAGCCUGCCAAUGUGACUAUGGGAGCUUUUGGCCAUGGGCCGCACUGUGGAAUCCGCAGUGGCACAACACAGCAUCCCUCUUUCUGCAGACUGGUGAAUCGAUUUAUUCAGCAUCUAUGUCCCAAACAUGUCUGGGCUACAUUUGCGCUGAAUCGAGACCUGCGAACCCCACCGCACAGGGAUCAGGGGAACGCGCCGACAGGGAGCCUCCUCACCUGUUUGACACACAACGAAGGAGGUGAGCUGUGGCUUGAAGAAGGGAAUGGCUCAGAUGCGACAGCGGAAGCAGAUGUCCGCUGUGGGAGUAUCAUCCGGCUGUCGAUGCAAAGCCUGCUUUUCCCUGCGCAUAGCAUGAUGCAUUGCACGUGUGACUGGACUCUGACGAGACGGGUCACGCUUUCAGCAUUCUGCGUCGGCAAGGUUAAGCAUCUGAAAGCAGCUGACGUGCAACUGCUUGAGGAUUAUGGUUUUUGCCCUUUCGACCAUAGCAGCGCCUCGAACUGA